CAAUAACAACAACAACAACAACACAGAUUGAAUGACUUCAUUAAGCGUGUGACUCCUCUGAAACAUGACCAGAGUGAGACAAACUUUACACGACGGACUCCUCCCAUUACAACCUCAUAAACAGACAAUAGUGGGAGGCACAAGCAAACGCCAUACUCGCUCCACAAAGCAGCUGUACAGUCUGUCUUUUACCUUAACUGUAAAAGAUGGCAGAGGAAGAAGCUGGUAUUUUCGUCAACCAGGAGCAGUUCAGCUGUCCCAUCUGUAUGGACCUUCUGCGGGACCCCGUGACCAUUCCUUGUGGACACAACUACUGUAUGGUGUGCAUUAAGAGCUACUGGGAGAAGAAGAACCAGAAGUCGUGCAGCUGUCCAGAGUGCAGACAGACCUUCUCCCCGAGACCUGCGCUCAACAAAAACACACUGUUUGCUGAAGUUGUUGAGAAACUGAGACAGACCGGAAUGCGUUCCCCCACCAUCCCUGGAGCGGAGAAUAAUGAAGUGAUUGCAAAAGAAAAGCAGGACCUCGUCGUGUUCUGUCAGCAAGAGCUUAGGCAGUCACAGAGGAGAUGCCAGCAGGUCAUAAAGGAGCGUGAGACAGAGCUACAGGAUCUGAGUCACGCCGUACUCUCUCUCAGGAGCUCUGCCCAGGCAGCAGUGGAGGAUACGGUGAAGAUCUUCAGUGAGCUGAUUCAGUCCAUUGAGGCACUGUGUUUUGAGGUGACAGGGAUGAUAAAAGCAAAGGAGCAGAUGGAAUUAGACGAGGCUCAUGGAUUUAUGGAGAAACUAGAGCAGGAGAUCGCAGAGUUCAAGAGGAGAGAUGCUGAAUACGACACGCUUGCACACCUUGAUGAUAAAACUCAGUUCCUGAAGAGCUAUGAAGCACUGUGUAGUGAGCCGGAGUUGGUGAUCUCUCCUGCAGUUCUAGUCAAUCCGGAUUUCUCUUUUGAGAUGGUGUCAAGAAAACUCCCACAUCUGUGUGAGGACAUUAAAGACCUGUGCCAGAAGAAAUUGGAGAAAUUGUCAAAAAAAGUGACAAUCCUGAAGUUUAUUCCUACCCCUGAACCUAAAAUCAGAGAGCAGUUUUUGGAAUAUUCAGGUCCCCUGACUCUCGACCUGAACACGGCUCACAGAAACCUCAGCGUUUCCUCGGAGACUGGCGAGGUGACAUGCAGCAAAAUCUCUCUAUCGGUUCCUGACCACCCAGAGAGGUUUGACAGCUAUUUCCAGGUCCUGUGCAGGGAGAGCGUGUCCGGCCGAUGUUACUUCGAGACAGAGUGGAGCGGGAAGGGUCCCGUGCACAUCACCGUGUCCUAUGAGGACAUCAGCAGGAAAGGAAAGAGCACCCUGUGUGCAUUUGGACACAACGCCCAGUCCUGGAGUCUGGUGUGCUCUGAGGAUACAUAUGCAUUCUGGCACAAUGGACGGGAAACUAAGAUUGCCAAAAUGCAGUGGGCUCGCAGGACUGGUGUUUAUGUUGACUUCUCUGCAGGAAUUUUGGCGUUUUACAGCAUCACAGACUCAAUUAAUCUCAUCUACAGAAUUCGGACCGCAUUCACUCAACCGCUCUAUCCAGGUUUCAAAAUUAACACUGGGUCCAGUAUGAGACUUUGUUAUCCACUUUAAUGGCAUGUAAUGGAGUUUAUUCUGUUCCUGAGCAAUUAUUCGAAACUUAAGAAAUUAAGUAUGAGAGGUCAGGCUCCAUUGGUUAACAUUAGUUAACUAAAUUAGUUCACAUCAGCUAACAAUAAAAAGUGCUUCUAACGCUUAUAUCAAUCUUAUUUAAUGUUAAUUUCAUCAUUUACUAAUAUAAUACUAAAAUCAAAAGUUGUAUAUGUUAAUAUUAUUUAAUGGACCUGAGCUAACAUGGACUGACAAUGAACAUCUGUAUUUUUAUAUUUGUAUUUGUAAAGAUCUGUAUUUUAAUGUAAUAAAUACUGUAACAAACACUUAAUGUUAGUUAAUAGUUCAAGUUAGUUAACUUGAACUAAUGUAACUAAUUGUAAAGUUUGACAUAAAUGACCAACACACUCUCAUGGCAUUUCGUAACUAUUUUACAUUUUGGCUAAUUUGUGGCUAAUUCAUAUCCUCUCAUUUUAAUGUUUUCAUAUGAUCUACUUAUGUCCCACUGAUCGAUUGGGUUGGGUUUAAGGUUCUGUACAAAUCACAUCAUACAAAUUCAUACUAAAUUGCCACCACAUAAAAUAGUUACGUUUUCUCUGCGAAUGUUAAAAUUGGCAGGUUGUGCGAACUGUAAAAAACUUUCUGUAAAAACUGUAACUGUAGCUAACUGUAAAAAACCAGUUCUCACUAUUAACAAACCAUUAACUAUGACUAGUACGCAACUAAUUUGCUGCUUAUUAAUAGUUAGUGAGGUAGUUGUUAAGUUUAGGUAUUGGGUAGAAUUAAGCAUGCUUUAUAAGUACUAAUAAACAGCCAAUAUGUUAUUAAUAGGCAUGCUAAUAAGCAAGUUUAUAGUGAGAAUUGACCCCUAUACUGAAGUGUCACCAAAAAUGUUUUCUGGAACCUGGUAUGCAUAAAAUGUUUUUCUUUUUUUUUUUUAUUCACUGCCAUUAUCACUCUAUAUAAUAAAAAAUAUAUAAUAAAUGUUCCAAAAGGGGGUUUUCGCAGCAGUGCCAUUAAAGAACCAUUUUUGGUUGUCCAAACAACCUUUCAGUGAACAGAUAAUAAUCUGAAAAAUAAUAAUAAUAAUUCAGUAUAAAGAACCUUUAGUUAAAUGGAAAGAUUCAACGGAUGUCAAAGAGUU